UGCCCUCAGCUGCUUAAAACAACUCCUGAAGUGCUGACACUUCUCCUACACACCGGGCUUACUUCCCCUCAAUCUUUAUUGCAGGCUUAUGCCAAAUUUUCUGGUGCUCCCCUGACAGUGAAUACUAUAACUAACUCAUGGAGAGCUCCCAAAGGGGAUGUGCCAGUCCUUAUAUCAGAAGACAUUGUUAUUUCUCAGCCAGCAAAAAUACUAAACUUCUUAAGAAAGCAGAAAUACAAUGCUGAUUAUGAAUUGUCUGCAAAGCAAGGGGCUGAUACAUUAGCAUAUAUUGCACUACUUGAAGAGAAGCUGCUUCCUGCUCUGCUGCACACUUUCUGGGUUGAUGCUGAAAAUUACUGCAGUGUGACAAAACCAUGGUUUGCCUCAAGGAUUGCCUUCCCACUGAGUUUGUAUCUGCCUGGAAAGAUGUCCAGGGAAGCGCUGAACAGGAUUUUGCUGACCAGGGGAGGGCCUCCACUCUACAGUCUCACUGAAGUGGAAGCACAAAUAUACAGGGAUGCCAAGGAGUGCCUAAAUCUCCUGUCGAAGAGAUUGGGAACAUCUCAGUUUUUCUUUGGAGAUACGCCUACCACCUUGGAUGCCUUUGUGUUUGGUUUCCUUGCACCAAUUUAUAAAGUGUGCUUCCCCAGAGUACAUCUACAAGAGCAUUUGAAACAGCUUCCCAAUCUGUGUCGAUUCUGUGAUGGCAUUUUAACUUGCUACUUCAGGUUAACUGCCUCAGGCCAUUCUCCGGCUGGACAGGAUACAGCAGAUGCUAAUCUGCAGAAACUCACACAACUUGUAAAUAAGGAAUCCAACUUGAUUGAAAAGAUGGACGACAACCUUCGUAAGAGUCCUCAGCAUCCCCCUCGAAAGCUAAAGACGCUCAAGCUUGCUGCAGGUGGAGAAGAAAGCAGUCCAUUGAAUCGUUUGUCACCUUGA